UAUUUUCCUCUUCUUUAUAUCAAUAGCACCAUAUUAGUGUAGGUUAUAUACUUAAAUAUUAAUGUAGGUUUGAGCAGUACACCGUGUAUCACAUGUUGGAAAUUAUAAGAAACUGAGAUAAGCAUAGAUAUUGGUGUGAGUCCAAAAAUUAGCAAAGAAAAAAUUAACUUUCACAUGAAAAUUAUUAUGUUUAUAUGUACCAAUAUUUGAUGCUUUUUGUUUACAAUAAAUGGUUUAUGUAAACUUCACCAACAACUCUACUUAACUUUGGUCUAAUCUUGUCUCCAUUUCUUAAAUCUUUAUGAGCCAAAAAACAAUGUAAAACUGUUUAAAAACUACUUUAUCUUGCUCCAUUUUGUCAUUUCUCUACUUAUUUAUUCAACAAAAAUUAAUAAAUAUAAAAAUUGAAAAGAAAGAAAGAAAAAGAGGUCUUUAAUGGCAAUGGAACCCACUCACUCACGAUGUAGAUUGUAGAGAUCCAAUGGUUCAUCAAUUGAUAGUUCACUCACACACAUGACUGUAUAUUUCCAUAAAUCUCAAUUAUAUCUCAGCGCGUGUUAUCUACCUCCCAAAUUAGUGACGCCGUACCCUUUUCUUAAUCAUUAACGAUAUUAGAGUAAUCUGAAAAAAAUUGGAGAGAAUUUUAUUUAUAGGUCUCUCCCAACCCCAAUUAUCUGAUGUAAAAUAUCAUUAAUGACAAUAAUAAAUAUCCUCGAAAAAUGCAUAACAAAUAAUUAGCUAAAAUAUCGUAUUCGCGAUAAAUUGUCGGCGUAUCGUAAGUUGAAUGGAAUAAAUCGGCGAGGACGAACCAACCCCAAAGCCGUAAUACGGAAGGGGAGGCCAUAUGGUAAGAACACGUGUCGGUGAUCGUAUGGAAUGAUGAUUGACGCAUCUGAGAGAACCUUAAUUCGAGUGGGACCGGGUGUAGCUGGCCUGCAUUUAUUGGACCAGAGCCACUCCCUUCCUUCCCAUCCCCUUUAACCCUAAGCCCAACCCCGGUUCGCCCCACCGAUCCUGCGGUGCACCUCACCACACCCACACCCACACCCCACUCUCUCUUUCUCUCUCUCCCUAUCAAAACAAACAAGCACAGUUCUCUCUCUUCCUCUUGGUUUUGUUGGCUUGGCAAGACACGGUUUUCUUCACAACCUCGUCUAUUUCUCUCGCCUAAUUCUCUUCUCUUCUCUCCCUCUAUGUAUACAGCUGUAUUUAUUUUGGUACCGGCGAUUCUAAGAGGUGGCAUUUCCCGGCUAAGGUUGAGGCCGGAAUUAUUAUUCUGAUCUUGCGAGAAGACAAGGAGUUAAGCGGCAUUUCCCCGGUGAUUUUUUUAUUUUAUUUUUUUGUCGGUGAUCGGCUAAAGAUCGGAGUUCGGUGCAAUGUGGUUAGGGAAUUGAGGUUUUUUCGAGGCUGUUUUGUGAAAUUCGGUGAGGUUUUUGUUGGAUAUUUUUUGUUUUCCUUUUUGAGAUUUUUUGGCGAGGACUGGAAUUCGGAUCUUAGAGAUUUGGAUUUGUGGUGGAUAAGACGAAAGGAAAGGAGAGAAGAGGUUUCCAUAGUACUGAAUCUGGUUAAUUAGACGAAAGACCUUUGGUUUUAAUUUGAUUUUUGAUUCGGCAUUGAAGUUAGAAUCGCAGCUUGAUGUAGGGCAAAGAGAGAAGAGGUGUAUAUGAAUGCUUAAGAGUGGUAGAAGGAAGGAAAAAAAGAAAAAGGGUUUGAGAAAGAGGAUUGAUGUGCAGGUUUGAGAAGAAGGAGAAGAAAGAAGGAACAAUGGGAUUUAAGUCUUUUGGAGGAGAGAAGUUGAAGACGACGAUGGGUAUGAGUACGGCGCCUUCCAGGUCGAAAAUGAAGCUGUGGAUGAUACGUGCAACCACGUCGGUCUUGCUAUGGACCUGCAUCGUUCAACUGACGGCUUUGGGGGACAUGUGGGGACCUAGGGUUCUUAAAGGAUGGCCUUCUUGCUUCUCUCAGGAGGCUGCCACAGCCAUCUCCGUUCUGCAAGACAAGGCUCUGUCCGUACAGACUAGAGUACUUCCUCCCAAGAGGGUUUAUAAGAACAACGGUUAUCUGAUGGUUUCCUGCAAUGGCGGACUUAAUCAAAUGAGAUCAGCGAUUUGUGACAUGGUUGCUAUUGCGAGAUAUCUGAAUGUCACACUUAUAGUGCCUGAAUUGGACAAAACAUCCUUUUGGGCAGAUCCUAGUGAGUUUCAAGAUAUAUUUGACGUGGACCAUUUCAUUACCUCUUUAAGAGAUGAGGUCCGCAUAUUGAAGGAAUUGCCUCCCAGGCUCAAAAGAAGAGUGGAACUAGGUGGAGUUUAUACAAUGCCACCAGUUAGUUGGUCUGACAUUUCAUAUUAUCAUAAACAGAUUCUGCCUCUUAUACAGAAGUAUAAAGUUGUACAUCUCAACAGAACUGAUGCGAGACUUGCCAAUAAUGGUCAACCUUUGGAGAUUCAAAGGCUACGCUGCCGUGUAAAUUUUAGUGCUCUAAGAUUCACUUCUCAAAUAGAGGAAUUGGGUAGAAGAGUUAUCAGGCUUCUUAGGCAAAAUGGUCCAGUCCUAGUACUUCAUCUUAGAUAUGAGAUGGACAUGUUAGCAUUUUCUGGAUGCACCCAAGGUUGCAACAAUGAUGAGGUGGAAGAGUUAACAAGAAUGAGAUAUGCUUACCCCUGGUGGAAAGAAAAAAUAAUAAAUUCUGACUUGAAAAGGAAAGAUGGUUUGUGUCCCUUGACACCGGAAGAAACUGCUCUCAUUUUGACUGCAAUGGGAAUUGAUCCCAAUGUCCAGAUAUAUAUCGCAGCUGGUGAGAUAUAUGGUGGAGAGAGAAGAAUGGCAAGUCUAGCAAAGGCUUUCCCAAAAGUGGUAAGAAAAGAGACUCUAUUGAAUCCAUCAGACCUUAGGUUUUUCCAGAAUCACUCAUCACAGAUGGCAGCAUUGGACUAUCUUGUUUCUUUGGAGAGUGACAUCUUUGUUCCCACAUAUGACGGAAACAUGGCUAAAGUUGUUGAAGGCCAUCGCAGAUUUCUUGGAUACAAGAAGACAAUAUUGUUGGACAGAAGGCUUCUCGUUGAUUUGAUAGACCAAUACAGUAGUGGAUCACUUAGUUGGGAUGAAUUUUCAUCUGCUGUAAAGGAAACACAUGCAGAACGCAUGGGGAACCCAACUAAAAGGUUGGUGAUUCCUGACAGACCCAAAGAAGAGGACUAUUUCUAUGCCAAUCCAGAGGAGUGUUUAGAAUUGUCGGAUGAACAAUUAAGCAGUACAUGAUUAUUUACGCUAGGAAUAUUUUGUGACAUUCAUCAUCAGUGUUCUCCCACAGUUGGUAGUAGCUUUUAAUUAACAAGAGACCGUUAAGAGAAUUCUCUAUGGAGAAUUAUAUAGAGUGGGAUGGGAUUUUGUUCAAUCAUAGAGGCCAUAAUGAAAGAUUAAAAGAAUUCCAAGAAGAAAGGAUCUAUGGAUCAACUGGAGGACCAAUCCAUUAUCUUUAUUAUAUAUGAAAAUAUUGCCAAAUAAUCCACUCAAAAUUUAUGUAUAGAAGAAGCCAAGGGAGACAACAGAUCCAACUGCCACUUACACGAGAGAAAUAUGCGAAGAAAGAGGGAACUGCUGGAGUCAUGAGAGGUCAAUGUCCUUUUCUUUUCUCUAAUAGUUUCCUUUCCUUUCCUUUUUUCUUUAAUUUUUUUAUUCCAUAUGUAAUAGUAAGCCCAUGGUUUCGUGCUUUUGUGGCCAUAAAAAUAGUACAAUUCCUUUAAGAUUUUUCUGUUUGCACAUAUUGUUACCUCAUUCCUGUUCUGUGGCGUGCCUAUAUAUAGAAUUAUAUAUAUAUACAAGUAUAUUAAACAGGGAAUGAAGUGUGUGCGAUAUAUUUUGUAUUUACUUUUUGCAGAUCACGUAAAUAAAUUUAAAUGUUCCUAGAA